AUGGUUGAGCCAAGUAAUAUUUUAAAAAGCGGGCUAGCGGAGAAAGCACUAAAUGCUUUAAUUUUACAAUGUAAAGAGAACGCAUCUUUACAAAAUGAUAAAGACAUACAUAUAAUUAUCAAUAUGGGUAAAAAAAUGGGCAUAAAAAGGGACAACAUCCCCCGUAUUAUCCCAUUAACAAAAUGCAAGCUAUUCAAACCAAGGGAUCUAAACAUACUACUCAUUACUAAGGAUCCCUCUUCUUUGUAUAGAGAGACUUUGACAAAAGACGAGCAUACAUCAGAAUUAUUCAAAGAAAUUAUAAGUGUCAAGAACUUGAAGCGUAGAUUCAGAGGGAGUAAAUUGACCCAACUUUAUAAGGAUUUUGACUUGGUUAUUGCUGAUUACAGAGUUCACCACCUACUUCCGGAGGUCCUUGGCAGCAGAUUUUUUCACGGCAGUAAAAAAUUACCAUACAUGAUACGCAUGUCCAAAGAAGUAAAAUUGAAGCGUCAGCAAAUGACCGAAAAGUGCGAUCCCAUUUACGUGAGAGCACAACUGAGAAGUAUAUGUAAGAACACCUCGUAUAUUCCCAACGAUGAUAACUGCUUGAGCGUCAGGGUCGGUUAUAUUCAAAAACACUCCAUACCAGAAAUUUUACAAAACAUCCAAGAUACAGUGAAUUUUCUCACCGAUAGAAGUAAGAGACCGCAAGGCGGCGUCGUUAAAGGAGGAAUAAUAUCUAUAUUCGUCAAGACCAGUAACAGUACUAGCUUGCCUAUAUACCAAUUCUCAGAGGCCAAAGAAAACACUGAAAGUGAAAAUCUGAGUGAUAUAAAAUUGUAA